AUUCUGAUGUUAUAGCCAUUCGUUCAGUGAUUCUCUCCAUCAAAAGAAGAGCAUAUAUUCUGUGAACACAUUUCUUGUAAUCAACCAAAUUUCUCAAUACUUUUUGCACAAAAUAUAUUGAAAAAAAUUAUUGCAUCAAAAUGGGAGACAUCGAGCAAGAGAUCAAUUUGGAUGAGAUCACUGACGAACGGGUUUUGCAAAACCUGUUGGACCAAACAGAGGAUAUCGACGACCGAAAGGCCAUCAGAGCUCGUAUACAGGAGUUGCGAGCCGUGGAGAAAGGUAUUGAAUCUCAUCUCAACUUUCAUAUCAUUUCUGUCACUCUAUUCACUAACUCAUCGUUUAUUAUGUUUUGCGAACUCUAUUACAAAAUACAAAAUUAAUUUUUAUUUAAUAAUCAAAAAGUCGAC